AUGAGGUCCUGGAAAGUGCACGCCUGGCCAUAUAUCAGACACAGCAGUGACAUGGUAUCCCUCCCUGGAUUUGAAAACCUCACAGAGGGCUACAACAAAUAUUCUUCGCCUCUCAUUCCUUCCCUAGGGAAACCUGUUCAAAAAGCAUUGAGCCUGGAUGUUGCGAGUAUUUCAAGUAUAGCUGAGAGUAACAUGGACUAUUCCGCUACCAUCUACCCGCGGCCGCACUGGACGGCCCCCCGCCUGGUUGUGCACAAUAACAAGAGCUUCACUCUGGCUGCUUGGCUGGUAGAAUUGCUCUGGGUGCCAGACACAUACAUCGUGGAGCCUAAACAGUCUUUCCUGCAUGAUGUCACCAUGAGGAAUCAUCUUAUAAGAUUAUUCUGCAAUGGCACAGUCUUGUGUGCUUUGAGAAUCACUACAACUGUUGCAUGUAACACGGACCUCUCAAAAUAGCCCAUGGACACACAAAUGUGUAAACUACAACUGGAAAGCUCCAGAAGAAUUUGUAACAAUUUAGGCACUUUCCGUUCUGAUCUCAGCGAGAAUGCCGAACGAGAAAAGAUUCAGAUUCUAAUGGCUCGGAAUGCUCCAAAAGGUUCUAAUCAGAUCUGA